GUUUUAGAAAAUACAUUUUGAAAAAGAUAUAGAAAUUAUUGUUUUUAGGAAAUGGAAACACAGGAGAAUUGCACACAAACAAGUCAAAACAACGAAAAACAUAGAGAUGAAACACAAAGAGUAGUGAUCAAAGACGACGAUAGACAAGAAGUAAUAUACAGCUGUGAAUUUGAAGUAUUCGGAAUAGUGCGGGAAGUUUCAUUUGCGGCGUAUGCUGUGCGUCGUGCUAUUAAACUCGGAGUACGUGGCUACUGCAGGAAUACGCAAGAAGGGACCGUAAAGGGUAUUAUUCAAGGACAUGUAAAAAGCUUUGAGGCUAUGCGCUUGUGGUUAAAACAUACCGGUAGUCCGACAAGUCGCAUUGACAAAGUUGUUUUUGGUGAUUUGGAAACUCUUGAGGAAUUUUCAUAUGCAGGCUUUUCUUUUCGAGAAGAGUAAUUUAUAUGGACUUCUUGAAA